CAUCAUUUCCAUAUAAAUAUCCAAAUAAUCACGAAUCAACUGAAAGCUCCCUCGUCACAAACACAGAACCACACCUUGAUUCGUCCGAAACAAGCUCAUCGAAAUUGCCGGAAUGGCCACCGCCCUGUCCGACGUUGCCCGCCGCCACACCAUCAGCCAAAUCCUCGUCGACCUCUUCAACUUCGCCGUCGGCUCCGCCAUCGAUGGCUCCCACAAAAUCAUCCCUGGCAGGAAGCAGGUAGAUAAUAAGAUGGUGCUGCCGGAGGGACUGAUAAAUAUACCCUUGCCUACACCUUUAAAAACCAAGAAAAACCAUGAUCUUAAGGUUGCAGAACAUCUUCGUUUUCAGACAGAAAUGGAGGAAGGGAAGGAAGACAUGAAUAACAUAAAGCAGCAGUACAAAACAUCAACCAAACGCGCUGAGGAGUCGCUGCCUCCAAAUAAAUCGAAUGAUGGCUUUAAGGGAAUUAAUCUUCUGCAGAAAAAUGGAAGGAGGGUUUUCAUUCGGUCUCGUCUAUAGAAUGGAAUUUACUAGAUCACACUAGAGAUUCUACACAUUUAUAGUGUAAUAUAAUAUUUGCCCUUUCUGUUCUUCCAUCUCACCAUGUAUGGGAAGUUCACUGGUAUAACCCUAGGUCCUGUAUCUUGUUGUUUCCAAUAGUAUUAAUGAUCAUAUAUUUCUUAAUGAGUAUAUUACAAAUCCCAAGCAACAUGUGUAUUUCAGUGUAUAUUUGAAAAGAUGGUACCAAGGUCUUUAAAGUUGAACCA